AUAUUGUAUCAUUGUGCGCGCUUGUGGAAGAGAAGCAUCAUGGUUUUGAAAUUACUGUGUAUGUUGUAUAGUGUUGGAUAUUGCGUUCUUGGACAAUACGUGUAUGAUUAUAACAAUGACACAUAUGAUACUACGUCGUAUACGUAUGAUGACGUUAACGACACAAACCAGUUUUAUUAUGACUAUUAUGAUGAUGAUUCAAGCAGUGGAAAACUUGGAUGUUUCAAAUGUUUCAACUGCACCGAUCCUUUUGAUCCUACAACAGCUGAAAGAGUGAUGUGCAAACAUUCAUGUUUAACGCAUUAUCUACAUGAUAUCACUGAAGGUAAGAGCGUUUUUCGAAGAUGUGGUAUUACCAAGGAAGAUGGAUGCGAGAAGGAUUCACGUGGUGCAUUGUGGUGUCAUUGUACCAGUCAGUACUGCAAUAGAGCCGAAAAUGUAAAGAUGCAAGCUCUGAUGUCUUUCACUGUUUCAGCGUUUCUAGCAGCUGCAAAGAAAUACUUGUUUUGAAACAUGUGUUUACUAUUCAUAUCCUGUAAUAAAAUGAUGUGAAAAUUACACAGAAAUCGUAAAAAUACAACACAUGGAGUACAAGACCAAAUGUUCUUCUAGUUAAAGUAACAUUAAGUCCAUUAAAGUGAAAUCGGUCUGUGUACUGGUAGAAAUUAAAGUUACUUGACAUUUGCCA